AUGAAAGGAGGAAAAUCUUACGAUGGAAUCCUUUCAUCAUCAUCAUCAUCAUCAUCAUCAUCAUCAUCAUCAUCAUCAUCAUCAUCAUCAUCAUCAUCAUCAUCAUCAUCAUCAUCAUCAUCAUCAUCAUCAUCAUCAUCAUCAUCAUCAUCAUCAUCAUCAUCAUCAUCAUCAUCAUCAUCAUCAUCAUCAUCAUCAUCAUCAUCAUCAUCAUCAUCAUCAUCAUCAUCAUCAUCAUCAUCAUCAUCAUCAUCAUCAUCAUCAUCAUCAUCAUCAUCAUCAUCAUCAUCAUCAUCAUCAUCAUCAUCAUCAUCAUCAUCAUCAUCAUCAUCAUCAUCAUCAUCAUCAUCAUCAUCAUCAUCAUCAUCAUCAUCAUCAUCAUCAUCAUCAUCAUCAUCAUCAUCAUCAUCAUCAUCAUCAUCAUCAUCAUCAUCAUCAUCAUCAUCAUCAUCAUCAUCAUCAUCAUCAUCAUCAUCAUCAUCAUCAUCAUCAUCAUCAUCAUCAUCAUCAUCAUCAUCAUCAUCAUCAUCAUCAUCAUCAUCAUCAUCAUCAUCAUCAUCAUCAUCAUCAUCAUCAUCAUCAUCAUCAUCAUCAUCAUCAUCAUCAUCAUCAUCAUCAUCAUCAUCAUCAUCAUCAUCAUCAUCAUCAUCAUCAUCAUCAUCAUCAUCAUCAUCAUCAUCAUCAUCAUCAUCAUCAUCAUCAUCAUCAUCAUCAUCAUCAUCAUCAUCAUCAUCAUCAUCAUCAUCAUCAUCAUCAUCAUCAUCAUCAUCAUCAUCAUCAUCAUACUUAAGGUCAAUCAAUUUGAUUAUACAAACUAAGGAAAUGAUUAAUGGUUUAAGAUUUAUAUACAAAUUGAAUAAUUUAUUUAUAAUAAUGAAUAGAAUUUCAUAACAGAUUUACAAUAGUACCAUGCUAUGAAGGCCAACUCCAUAAAUCUUAAUUGAUAAAUUGGAUUUUGGUUAGCUCUAAAAAAAAAUAAUUAGAAUUGUAAAUCGGGAAAUAUGAGGUUACAUAACCCUGAUAGGAAAUUUAUUUAUUUGUUUAAAC